GUUUUCGCGCAGUCUCCAUCCGAACGCGGUACCGUCCACAGUUACGCGACUUCGGUACACCUUACGCCGUGUGCCUGUGUGUGUGUGUGCCUGUGCUUAGCCCCUUUCCACCGCGGUUACGCGAACGAAAACGAGUGUACGCUAACCGAAAGCAAAAUUGCUUGCAUCGAACAACAAUUAAUAGCUAAAAAACCCAGCGACUCGUCCCUGAUCGAGAACGGGUCCUGUUUUGCUCCAAUCGGACCUCGAUAAUCAGGCUGCAAAGGAUACUAAUAUUUCAAGUGUUUGUGCGUGUCUGUGUGCUUUGUUUGCGUGCUGUGUGAUGUAAAUUGUGCUAAUCGUCUAAUUAUUAAAGUGAUGAGUGUGCAUCUACGAUAGCGGUUGGUUAGAAUAAACACGAAAGAUUGCAACGAAAACAAGCGACGAACCUCCCUCAUAACGUUAAGCUAAACCUUAAAACGCUAAUAUUCAAAGCACAUUAAGGUGCAUUUGGAGCUUGCUAAGUGGUGCUGAGUGUUUACAUACAAAUUCAUUCUUAUCAUUUACUGUAACACUUUAAGCGCGUCACUCGUGGGCGAAAGCAACACAACAAACGGUGCGGUGUAGUUGGGGCAACCAACAAAAAAAAAGCAACGCCUUGUAAGGGUAAAUAUCAAAUUUCGUUCCAAGCUGUGAAUGAUUACAGUUACAAGUGUGGUAUGUGGCCAGGUGGUGAUGGACAAAAGGUAACCCAAUAUGUCUAGCUCGCGCAGCUAACGGUUCAAUUUGAACGUAAUCGAACCGAUUGUCACCAUUCCCGCGCGCUGUGACGUUGUAAUGGAUUAGCGCUUCUUAUCGUACCGCCACCUGACGUUGGCAUACGAUCAAUCUCGUGAAUAAAACGGUGGUAUUUACCCAAGAGCUAACGGUGUAAUUAUAGUGGACGCUGCCACCCAUUUUCUCAAACGCCAAUCAGCAUUGCACCACCAGUAACGAACGACAGAGUAGAGAAGCAUCAUCAUUAUCGAAAACCGUCGUCCCUGCCAACUGCCAUCGGCACAAACCUCCAUACGCGACGCGAACCAGCGAGUCACUUGUGGACUUGAGGGGGAACUUCAUAUCGAAUUAGUGGCGCAAACAUUGUUUCACGAAGCUCAAAAUUCGUACGUAAGCAGAAGUUCGGAUAUUCUUAGUAGAUUUCCGCCACAAAAACAAAACUUCACCCCCAAAACUCAAACUCCCAAAAACCGUCGUGCUAGAAGCAUAACGCUAGCCAUCAUGAUCGUCGGUUGCAGCACGCCCUGCCCGGUGCGGUAGUUCGGUCGGGUCCGGGUCGGGUCCGGAAGGAUGAUGGCGGAGGUUGAGCCGGGUGCCGUAGCCGGCAGUUCGCCGGGUCCACGUGUCUCGUUCAAUAGGGACGUGCACGUGAAGCGUAUCGGCCCCCGUCUCGAAGGGCCACGCAGCUCCCCAGCGAACGGUACCGUUCGCAAGGAACUGCCGGAAAACCUCUCCCAGGAAGCGCUUCGCCGGGAAGCCGAAUUUGUUCUUGCCCAGGCAGAUAAGAUCGAUCGAUCGAAGCGUUCGAACGGCACUGGAGCGUCACCUUCAACCCCAGAUCCGCUCGGUGCGGAACGAUUCAACUCACUGCCUUCGCGCUCCAAAUCACGCACGAAAAAGGUCACCCGUUCGUCGAGUGACGCCGCUUCGAAAAAGCCCUCGUCCAAGAGCCUGCUGAACCUUUUCGGUCGCAAGCAGCCGGAUGAGCAUGGUGCAGUAAAGCCACCGUCGGUCGCCUCCAAUCAAGCACCCUCGAGCCGAAGCACCCUUGGCCGGAGUAAAAGUGAUGUUGGUAGUUCGAGCACCGCUCGGAACGGCACUUUGGUGAAGCAGCGUAAAGUACCGCGCCGGGCCACGCAGGAGCUGGGCGAUCUGAGGUCCAUUAUCGGCAAAAAGAAUGACCCACUGACGCCGAUCAUCGAAGCAUCACCGCUCGAGUACACGCAACAGACCGAUCCGCUGACGGCGUACGUACGCCGGGGGCGUGCGGUUUCCGAGGAGCCUAAACCAUCGUCUAGAGCUGCACCGAAACAGGGCGUUAUGGAAACGAUCACCCUGCUGCGCUCGUCCAAUACUGCCAAAUCACAGGAAGCACUGCACAGCUCACAGCUGCCACCGGAGAAGCCUCACCUUACCAAGGGCGUUACGGUAGAGAACAUCGUUAAGCGGUUGUCGAGCGAACGGCACACAUCACCACCACCGGCCCAGAUCGUUGGCGGUGGGUUCUCGUACACCCGCGGUCCAGGCGAACCGAUCGUCUACGCACAGGUCGUUUCGAACGAAGCGAACAAAUCGAAGCACACCGUAAAGCAUCAGCACUACCCGUCUACGGAGGAGGAAGAUCCUGCCGGACAGCCAACCAUGUGGACAACGGCGGACAGUACGAUGAAACCGGCGGGCAGCUUUCUGGACACUACCCAACGGCCUAGUCCUCCGCUGCCGAAGUAUCGUUUGGACGAGGCAGACCAUUCGCCACUCUCGAUCAAUGGGAUUCGGCGCAAGCUGCACACCAACAGCGAUGAGGACGAAGGACUCGGUAUAGACUAUGCGCGACAGCAGCAACGCUACAAAUCGUCCGCUUACGUGCACACAUCGAGCAGCACCACCCAGAACACGUCCCGGACGUCACCCAAAUCGUUCCACACCAACUCGGACGAAGAUCCGCCGAUCGCACCCAGCGUCGUGCGGUUAACACCGGCGGAGAAGAGCUUCUCCAACAGCUACAGUGUCCAUUACCGGGGCCAAGCGGAUGGGAAGGAACAUCUGCCGGAGUUCCACGAGCUGAGUCAACGGCGCGAAAUUCUCGAGUCUCGCAUACGAUCACGCAUCGGAUCGCGCGACCUGCUCGAUCGGAUGUCACCGGAAAGGAGUGUACCGGUGCCGAUAAAGCUUACGUCCGGAGCUCAUCGGACAGCCAGUAGUAGCAGCAGUACCAGCAAGUACCGCACAACGACCGAACGUCGAUCGGUUGAUCGUGUGCUCGAUCGGCACGAAUCUCCGGUGCGAAGAAGUACACUGUCGCCAACGCCUACCAACUUCCGCGAAUCAUCACAGGAUCGGGCCGCUGGGCCGAGAAGAAACUCCCGUGGGUAUGUGGAGACGUUCGUCACCAAGACGGUUGUGAAUCGAGACGGGAAACCCGUGUCCGAGGAGUACGUCGAGCGGUACAAGUAUCCGGGCGACAAUGUGGAAGCGGUGACAAGCUCCAGGACGGUGUACGAUCGUGAAGGAUCAGCUGGGCGUACGGAGGUUCAGCGAUUCAAUCGGUACGUACCGGAGCAAGGCUUGUCCAGUAGUUACACGGGGCGGAACACGAUCGACAAGGGCGAUUCGGGCAUUGAAAACGAUUUCCGCAAGGAUUCGUUCAAUCAGGAGUUCAUCUCGGGGACGAAGUUUACGCUGACGGAAAACAUACGCACCUGCGAGGACUUCCUGCGAAUGGAGCGAACGCACACGAACAGCUGCAUGCGCAAGCCGAGAAAGGCGUACGUGUACCGUGAACGGAGCAUCGACGAUGGAUCGCGCUAUGAUCCACGUUUGGAUGAGAUAUCGGCCAGUCGCAGCUACACCCGCGAUACGUUGAAGCCUUCCCUGAAGGUUGACAAGAAACCCGGUGGUCUUGCCAAGGUCAAGCAGUUCGUCAGCUCUACCAGAAAGAAGCUGGUUCGCAUGGGACAGGAUGGAUCGGAUAAGCGAGACCACUCCCGGGCCGGAAGCCUUCGUUCGGACAGUGCCGAUGGAUCUCGCGUACCGGACAUUGCUACACGCCGACGGCUCUCGACACCGAAAUCCAGCCCGUCCUCCGCGAAACGAUCGCUCUCGUUCAAGAGCUCGAAACUGUCGGCGUCCUCUCCACCGGACGCUGGCCAGAAGCAGUCGUCCACCCGGUCGGAGUGGUUCAAAUCGUUCGAUCGAUUGUCACGCAAAAAGUCUAGCUCGAAACCGAACCUCACCACGGACACGAAAACGCCACCGCCGGCGAAGCAGGCGAAAAGCUUACGCUUCUUCGGUGACACCGAUACGGAGUAUGGCGAUCAGAAUGCGUCCUCGUACAGAUCGGCACGGAGUAAUCUCUCGAAAACGGACAAGAAAUAUCGCAGUGCGUACGAUCUGGACACGGCCCCGAAGAUGCGCGAAACAGCUCGCAAUCGAUCGUCCUCGUUGCACAACCUGGACGAGGAGGAUGAGCUGAGCCUGCGGGGCAAAGAUUAUCGCUCGGAGGAACAUUCGAGCACUUUCUACCGAGCGAGAUCGCCAUCGCCGUCGGACUAUCGGCAGGACAGGACCACUGCGCGUGACUACACGCCGGAACGUGCAGCCCGGAAGUCAUACCAGCAUCAUCGAUCGCGCGAAAACAAUAUCGAUCUGAUCGACGGCGAACGAUCGCAGACACCGCUUCAUCAUCGUCCCGGCAGUCGUAGUCGGGGCGAGCACAAAAAGCCACCAUCAGGUCCACAGAAGCCCGCGCGCACCUUCGAACGUCGGGACAGUUUGAAUAGGGACAUUGAUCGCAUUCUGGACAGCUCUGGAACGGAAGGUGAAUCUAGUCAGCAAAGCCAGCGCAGUGUAGUGUUCCUGCAUGCUACAACCGUUGGUGAUAUACCGCACCCGCAAAUAGCGAAUGCACGCCGCCGGGCGUACUCCCGUGAGUCGCUCAACAACUCGGUCGCCUCCUCGAAGAAGGUGCAACCGAUGACGCGUACCGUAUCGCGUUCGAUAUCGGUGCUAGCACCCUGGAAGCCGAAAAACAUUCGCGAGGGUUACGAAAUCGAUUACCACAAGGACCAGCACCAGACGAAACCGAUCUCAACCCUACCGCGCUCCGGUACGACGAGCCGUCAGUCCACCGUCGGCAGCCAGUCCACGCUCAGCCGGUCCAAGCAGCGGUCACAUUCGGGCCGCGAUGAUCCGGACUCGGACAAGAGCUCUUCGUUUGACCAAUCGAGACGGUUCAGUGCUGACCAGCAGCGACGCUCGAGUGGACCACGGGAUGCUGGUGGGCUGGCAACACCAUACGCUUCUACCACGCUACCCAGCUCGCGACGUGUGAAGGACUCGAUCGCACAGUAUCCGUCACACACCACCGCCAGUGGGUCUACUUUGAAGUAUCGCCGAUGAUGAGUAGCGGAAGUAAGACGCACCCCGGUUUAACACGUAGACUGCAGUAAAACAAAGCGCAACGUUCGUACUAAUUAAUUCAAUGUAGCGUGUAAGAUAACGGAGUUGUAUUAAAAUGCUUCGCGAGAAGGGUAUUUCGAUGGUAAAAAUUAAACUAAAUCAACUCUACCCAGGGCCGGAUUCCACGAUGCCAACGGUUGGGAUGGACUCAAUCGACGAGAAAAUAAACCUGGAUAUCCCUUUCAAAUAAUAUAAUUCAACUCCAUUGUAACAAACACACUGAAACCAUGCUUAACAAAGUGUCGAUCCCACACACUUACGACUGACGGCAAUCGAUGGCGACGAAUCGAAACGAAAGCUGACUUUUAUUGUAACAUGCGUGUCGUCCAGAUCCCUAAUAAAUCUAAUAAUAAAGAAACCUUGAAGUACCAGAAUAAUAAA